AUGGGGAUAGACGUUUCAAUCGAUGGCGAAGGAAAAUGGGUCGAUGUCCCCAAGAAUCAUGUCAAGUUUGUUGAUGAUAUAGACGACAUCAUCAUUUGUAAGCAGUUGGCCAUGGACUUGCUACAAUACCCUGAGCAGUACAAUGAGAGGACCGAACUUCUCGAGCCGCCACGUAAAGUCAUUAGCGACGGCGCUGUGUUUUUGUGCGACCGUAAAGUCACUGCAAGAUGGCGUUGGAUGGCUGAGGGCUACACACGUGGUGAUGAUCUAUUUGUUACUUCGGAGGUCGAAGGAGGGCGCAUAUUAUUGCUCAUGCCACGGUCCAAAAACAAGUUGCAAAACGACAUUGGAUCGGUAAAGCCUCUCUACCAUCCUGUGCAGACUGAAGAGGAGAAGACACGACAGAGAGAGGACAACGCUCAAGCAGAUGCAAUUCACAAAAAUGUUAGACAAACUUCGAGCAAGAGCAAAACCGAAAAGUUCACGGCGCUAUAUAAGGACAACGCAAGCACUGCAGGCGAGCCUCAUCAAGGCACUGGAGAUCAACCUCGACAAGGCAGUGCUUCCUCUCCGCAGAGCCCAGGAUAG